GGCGCAUACAUUUGUUGAUUGAUAUUACAUUAUGUUUACCGGCUUUAUAUUUGUUUAUCUGUCUUAGUAAAUGCAGAUUUUAAAUUAAUAAUCAUACUUUCUUUUGUGAAGUAAACUGGUUUUAUAAUUAGCAAGGAGCUGCUAUACUGCCAACAAGAAGAUAUUUGAUUUCAGGAAGUGAAAAAGAAAAUCCAGUAUGAUGCAUAGAACUUUAUCAAGAUUUCAUUCGGUAGCAAUGCGACCAAAUAUUAGGGCUGCCGCAGGAUCAUUUCGGCAGUACACAACUCCGGUGGUAAACUCGCAUAAUGAGUGGGACCCACUGGAGGAAAUUAUUGUGGGAAGAGCAGAAAAUGCAUGCGUCCCACCAUUCACAGCAGUAGUGAAAGCUAACACUUCUGAAAAACAUUGGAACUUCUAUGAGAAGUAUGGUGGACAAAUGUUCCCUAAAGAACAUAUCAAAAAGGCUGUCGAGGAAGUAGAAACAUUUUGCGGCAUUUUGCGCCAAGAAGGUGUUAUUGUUAGACGCCCUGACAUCAUUGAUCACCAAAAAGAAUUUAGUACUCCAGAUUUUACUUCCACUGGGAUGUACGCAGCUAUGCCACGUGAUAUCAUUAUCACCAUUGGCAACGAAUUAAUUGAGGCACCUAUGGCAUGGAGAAGUCGAUUCUUUGAGUAUCGUGCAUAUCGUGCAUUGAUGAAGGAAUAUUUUUUGAAAGGUGCUAAAUGGACGACAGCGCCAAAACCUACCAUGUCAGAUGAAUUAUAUGACCAAGAUUAUCCGAUAAAAAAUGUGUUGGAUAGACAUGCGUUAGCAGCACAAGGUAGAUUUGUAACAACAGAGCAUGAGCCAUGCUUUGAUGCUGCAGAUGUUAUGAGAGCUGGCAAAGAUUUAUUCGUGCAAAGAAGCCAGGUCACAAACAUGAUGGGUAUUGAUUGGAUAAAGCGUCACCUUGGUGACAAAUAUAACGUUCAUGUUCUGUCCUUUCAAGAUCCCAACCCAAUGCAUAUAGACGCAACAUUUAAUAUGAUCGGAGAGGGCUUGGUUAUUGUUAAUCCUGACCGUCCAUGCAACGAGUUGGAUUUUUUUCAUAAAGCUGGCUGGAAGACAGUAACAGCACCAGAGCCUGUUAUACCUGAUUCUCACCCAUUGUGGAUGAGUUCAAAAUGGUUAAGUAUGAACGUCUUAAUGCUUGAUGAGAAAAGAGUUGUUGUGGACACUGAUGAAAUCCCCAUACAAAAAAUGUUUGAAUCCCUUGGCAUCAACUGCAUCAAAGUAUCGAUGAGACAUGCCAAUUCCCUGGGUGGUGGUUUUCACUGCUGGACAUGUGAUGUAAGAAGAGAAGGAAAAUUGAAAAGUUACUUUUAAAUUUUCGUAAUAUAUUUUUCUAGUAUUUUAUAUUGCCUAUGUACAGAAAUAAAUAGUUCAUUUAUAUAAUCACUGUACCAUAUGCCGUGCGCCCACCGAAGGUGAUAUUUUUUUUAUUCUCAAUGCGGAUUUUUCGCGAAUUUUGUCGGGUUUUUUUAUUGUGUUCUUUUUUUUUUAAUUUAAAGGCUUUUUAAAUGUGUUCUAAGACCUUAAACCAACAAUACCAUUUCAAAGCCAUUUUAAACCUUUGAUUCUAUCCCCUUCAGUUGGCAUGCGGCUUUUUAACUUGACUAAUAGUUUACUGAAUUAAUAAUUUGUUUGUCAUAGGAAGUCAGACUUUUAUUUUGUUUUACAUCCUUUUGAAAUAUGGCUUUUCAUAAUGGCGGCUUAACUACUAAUCGACAACAUAUGUAUACCUCUCUUUUAAUUCUCUUAAAUUUUUGUUUAAUGCAGUGCGUGAAGUUGUGGUUAAGGUAAAUUUAUUGAUCCAAGGCUCCAACCAAAUCA